UGCUUGUUCUAAAACAGCAAGAUAAAUCGAUCUUGUUUAUCAGUUAUUUUUGACGUAAGGAUUAAAGAUGCGGUUUAUUCGUUCAGGUAUAAUUUUGAUUUGACGCAAGAUCAAAGUUUAUCGCCCGUGUAAAUUGUAAAUUUUCACAAUUAAAAUAACAUUUUGUUCGUUAUAAUUCAAGUUAAUUAUCGUGACGUAGAGGGCAAUGCAGAAACUUGAUGACCUUGUUUGUGUUAUUAACAAGUAUCUGUCAAAACAAUAUCUGACAACAACAGUUUAUCAGUGCCCGAUGAUUUAUUUCUAUAGCAUUUGCAUUUAUCUAGUAAAUCUAUAAGCGAUUCAGAUUUUCUUGGAGGAAGACUGGUCUGAAUUUGAGAUAAAAAGCUUUACAUUAUGGCAGCGGAAAGAUUGAGGGUCAUACAAUCGCAUUUAAACGCGCCUCGUUUGAAUCCUACGAAUAAACUAAUUGCAAGAAACACAUCUGAUAAUUUUCAAUACACGUUGGACAACAAUUUGCUGACUCAUGAUCAAAGGGUUUUCUAUGAAGAAAAUGGGUACAUCGUUAUUCCCCAAUUAAUAGAAGAGGAACUUCUCUCACUUUGCUGCAAGCGGUUUGUUGACCUUUGUGAAGGGAGGGUUCCAAAGGCUAAUAUGACACUGAUGAAGGACAUCUCACUGGCAAAAUUAGGCGCUAAAGGAGAAUUCCUUUACAAUAAAGCACAGGACAUUCUUUUUGAUGAUGUCUUUGAGAAAUAUAUACUCCACCCUUAUCUUUUAGACUACAUCUCUUGCUUCACUGGCCCAAAUAUAAAGGCGGUUCAUUCAAUGUUAAUCAACAAACCACCUGACUCGGGAUCACUUACUUCCCGGCAUCCGCUACAUCAGGAUCUCUACUAUUUCCCAUUUCGUCCGGCUAACAAGAUCGUUGCUGCUUGGACAGCAAUGGAGAAAAUUACCACUCAAAAUGGCUGUCUCACUGUCAUUCCUGGUUCUCAUAAAGGAGAAUUACACCAGCAUGAUUACCCCAAUUGGGAGGGUGGUGUAAACAAAGCAUACCAUGGUGUUAAAGGAUUUGACAACAUUCCACUUACCUCACUUGAAAUGGAAAGAGGAGAUACAGUAUUUUUUCAUCCCAUUCUUAUUCAUGGAUCUGGAGCAAAUUUUACCAAGAACUUUCGCAAAGCGAUAUCCUGCCAUUAUGCAUCAACUGAUUGCUAUUUUAUCGACAUUGAGGGAACUAUACAAGAAAAUAUUGCUAAAGAGGUAGAAGAUAUAGCUAAUAAAAGAGGAGCAAAGCUCACGUUUAAGGAAAUUUGGUACUACCGGAGUAGACUUGUCAGAGGUGAGCUGGGAACUUUAUGAUUGUUUUAAAAUAAUUGUAUAAAUGUUUUAAAUAAAUUUCCAAUUGUUGUCAUAUAAAAGCUUUGUUUCUAUUUUUAUAUACAAAAGUUAUUUUUUUACUUUAUUACUUAUAUAAUUGCAUGGAAAUAGUUCAUCAUAAAUAUAAAUUUAACUAGUAUGGUUAAAAAAUUGCCAUGCUUAAAAAUUAAUUAUACUCAAUUAUUAAUUGUAAUUAAAGUCGAACUUCCCCAAACAGAGUCUCCUUUAAAUGGACAAUUUCUAAUAAACAGAUGUGGACCAAAUAGAUUUCACAAUUUAUAGAUUUGUUAAAUAAAAAAAGUCUAUAAGUGGACAGCAGAAAGAAAAGUUGCAUUACAGUGAUGUUUCAGAAAUUCUCAGCUAGAAAAAUGAUGCCAAGAGUCAUGGGGAUGAGGGGUUCAAUUUGAGUUCAUUUUUAACUUAUAUCUCUGUAUCCACUCAUAUGUUAAUACAAUAGGACUUAAAACAUUCAGUUUUGGUUUUUCUAUAAACUUUAUUCCUGCAAAAGUUUUGUGGAAAUUGUAUUUAUUAUUUUUUAAUUGUAUUGUAUUGUACUUUAUUAUUUUUUAAUUGUAUUGUAUUGUACUUUAUUAUUUUUUAAUUGUAUUGUAUUGUACUUUAUUAUUUUUUAAUUGUAUUGUAUUGUACUUUAUUAUUUUUUAAUUGUAUUCUACAAGCAACAGUUUGCUCUUGCAGUGUCAAUGUGUAUAGAACAUUUUCAGUAGUUACCGAAAAUCAUUUGAGAUAAUACAAUACUCACAAUAUUUAUAAACAGUUUUGAAAAUAAAGUAGGAAAUUAGCUGGAAAUGAUUUUAAAAAAUUCAUUGGUUUUUAUACAAAAUGUUUACAACUCAGUUUCGUAACAUUCACUGAUGGCCUUUAAUCAACAUCAUAUUUGGAGACCAAAUCUCUAUUUACCCUUCUAAUCCCAUUUCCAAAUGAUGUCCACUUCCGGAAGUUUGAAUAUGAUAAAGAUACUGUCAUAAGACAUUUAUUACAUAAUUCUUUUAUUUUAUUUAUAUUUUUGUAUGUAAAAAUGUAAGUUUUUAACCAAAUAGAUC